ACUCAGGUCUGGUUGUCAACUUCCUACUCCACCUCUGUUGCAUAUGACUUCUUUUUGCAGCUGAGGGAAUACACCAGCCGUUUUGUAGCUAGCUAAAUAAAGAGAUACCGCUGCGCGACGGGUCGCGGCCUCACCGCUGCCGUCAUGUCUGGGACAGCGACGGUGUUGCAGCAGUUCGUGAGUGGUCUGAAGAGUCGCAAUGAGGAUACCCGCGCUAAAUCAGCAAAGGACCUCCAACACUAUGUGACAACAGAGCUCAGAGAGCUGAGCCAAGAUGAAGCCACCACUUUCUAUGAUGAGUUGAACCACCACAUAUUUGAGCUGGUCUCCAGCUCUGAUGUGAGUGAGAAGAAAGGUGGAAUUCUUGCCAUAGUGAGCCUCAUUGGAGUGGAGGGGGGCAAUGCCACUAGGAUCAGUCGAUUUGCGAACUACUUGCGCAACCUGCUGCCUUCCAGUGACCCUGUGGUGAUGGAGAUGGCCUCUAAAGCCAUGGGUCACCUGUCCAUGGCAGGCGACACCUUCACUGCGGAGUAUGUGGAGUUUGAGGUGAAGAGGGCGCUGGAGUGGCUGGGAGCAGACAGGAAUGAGGGCAGGCGUCAUGCAGCGGUGCUGGUGCUAAGGGAGCUGGCCGUGAGCGCGCCCACUUUCUUUUUCCAGCAGGUCCAGCCUUUCUUUGACAACAUUUUUUACGCCGUGUGGGACUCCAAGCAGGCCAUCCGUGAGGGGGCAGUCUCUGCUCUGAGAGCCUCCCUGAUUCUUACCACCCAGCGGGAGACCAAAGAGAUGCAGAAACCACAGUGGUACAAGCAAACCUUUGAGGAGGCUGAGAAAGGCUUUGACGAGACCCUGGCCAAAGAGAAGGGGAUGAACAGGGAUGACCGUGUGCACGGUGCCCUCCUGAUCCUCAAUGAGCUAGUUCGCAUCAGCAGCAUGGAGGGAGAGCGUAUGCGCGAGGAGAUGGAGGAGAUCACGCAACAGCAGCUGGUGCACGACAAGUACUGCAAGGAAAUGAUGGGGUUUGGGACCAAGCCGCGCCACAUCACGCCCUUCACCAGCUUCCAGUCGGUGCAGCCGCAGCAGUCCAACGCCCUGCUGGGCCUGCUGGGAUACAGCACUCCACAGGGCUUCCUCAGCUUCGGGGCUGCACCCGUCGCCUCUAAGAACACGCUGGUGGAGAGCCGCUACUGCCGCGAGCUCAUGGAGGAGCGAUUCGACCAGGUGUGUCGCUGGGUGCUAAAGUAUAGGACCAGUAAGAACCCUCUGAUUCAGAUGACCAUUCUCAACCUGCUUCCACGACUUGCUGCCUUCCAGCCUAACACUUUCACUGAUCAGUACCUGUCAGACACCAUGGGCCACCUGCUGGGCUGCCUGAAGAAGGAGAGGGAGCGCACAGCUGCCUUCCAGGCUCUGGGACUCCUGGUGGUGGCCGUGAGGACGGAGAUCCAGCCUUACCUCUCUAAGAUCCUGGAGAUCAUUAAAGCUGCUUUACCUCCCAAGGACUUUGCCCACAAGAGACAGAAGACUAUGCAGGUGGAUGCCACGGUGUUCACCUGCAUCAGCAUGCUGUCCAGGGCUAUGGGCCCUACCAUCCAGCAGGACAUCAAAGAGCUGCUGGAGCCCAUGUUGGCAGUUGGACUGAGCCCAGCUUUGACUGCAGUGCUGUAUGACCUGAGCCGUCAGAUCCCUCAGCUCAAGAAGGACAUCCAGGACGGGCUGCUGAAGAUGCUCUCGCUGGUGCUGAUGCACAAGCCCCUGCGCCACCCGGGCAUGCCCAAGGGCCUGGCACACCAGCUGGCCUCGCCCAGCCUCACCAACAUUCCCGAGGCCAGCGACGUGGGCAGUAUCACCCUGGCCCUGCGGACACUCGGCAGCUUUGAGUUUGAAGGACAUUCCCUGACCCAAUUUGUGCGCCACUGCGCUGACCACUUCCUGAACAGCGAGCACAAGGAGAUCCGCAUGGAGGCGGCGCGCACCUGCUCGCGCCUGCUCACGCCCUCCAUCCACCUGAUCAGCGGCCACGGGCACGUGGUCAGCCAGACGGCCGUGCAGGUGGUGGCUGACGUGCUCAGCAAGCUGCUGGUGGUGGGCAUCACUGACCCAGACCCUGACAUCCGCUACUGCGUGCUGGCCUCGCUGGACGAGCGCUUCGACGCCCACCUGGCGCAGGCGGAGAACCUGCAGGCUCUGUUCGUUGCCUUGAACGACGAGGUGUUUGAGAUCCGCGAGCUCGCCAUCUGCACCAUUGGCCGCCUCAGCAGCAUGAACCCCGCCUUCGUCAUGCCCUUCCUGCGCAAGAUGCUUAUCCAGAUCCUGACGGAGCUGGAGCACAGUGGCGUGGGCCGCAACAAGGAGCAGAGCGCCCGCAUGCUGGGCCACCUGGUGUCCAACGCCCCACGCCUCAUCCGACCCUACAUGGAGCCCAUCCUUAAGGCUCUCAUCUUGAAGCUGAAGGACACAGACCCCAACCCGGGAGUGGUUAUCAGUGUGCUGGCCACCAUUGGGGAGCUGGCUCAGGUUAGCGGGCUGGAGAUGAGGAAGUGGAUGGACGAGCUGUUCCCCAUCAUCAUGGACAUGCUGCAGGACUCCUCCUCCCUGGCCAAGAGACAGGUGGCGCUGUGGACCCUAGGCCAACAGGUCGCCAGCACUGGUUAUGUGGUGGAGCCGUACAGGAAGUACCCCUCGCUUCUGGAGGUGCUGCUGAAUUUCCUGAAGACGGAGCAGAACCAAGGAAUCAGGAGAGAGGCUAUUCGUGUGCUGGGGCUUCUGGGAGCACUCGACCCCUACAAGCACAAGGUCAACAUUGGCAUGAUCGACCAAUCCCGUGACGCCUCUGCUGUCAGUCUCUCGGAGUCAAAAUCCAGCCAAGACUCUGCUGACUACAGCACCAGUGAGAUGCUGGUUAACAUGGGCAACCUCCCGCUGGACGAGUUCUACCCAGCGGUUGCCAUAGUGACACUAAUGCGCAUCCUGCGGGACCCCUCGCUCUCCAACCACCACACCAUGGUGGUGCAGGCCGUCACCUUCAUCUUCAAGUCGCUGGGGCUCAAGUGUGUGCAGUUCCUGCCGCAGGUCAUGCCCACCUUCCUCAACGUCAUCCGUGUGUGUGACGCCAGCAUACGAGAGUUCCUCUUCCAGCAGAUGGGGAUGGUGGUGUGCUUCGUCAAGAUCCACAUCCGACCCUACAUGGACGACAUCUUCACCCUCAUCAGAGAGUAUUGGACGCCCAACAACCCCAUGCAGAACACCAUCAUCCUACUGAUCGAGCAGAUAGUGGUGGCUCUGGGAGGGGAGUUCAAGCUGUACCUGCCCCAGCUUAUCCCACACAUGCUGCGGGUCUUCAUGCAUGACAACAGCACUGGCCGAAGUGUCACCAUCAAGCUCCUCAAUGCCAUCCAGCUCUUCGGUGCCAACCUGGACGAC